GUGUUUGGCCGUUAGCUGAUGGCCGAUUCUCAUCUAUUUAUUUGUCACACCGGCAGGGCCUCAUACGAAGGUUGUCACAAAGUGGUGUCAAGUAGUUUUCCUCAAAUUUGGCGCUCUCCAUUCAAUUUCUGACAGUACUAGUACUCUCACAAACGAUUGUGACAACUGGCAGUCGAGAGUGGUACCAUACAGUCAUACACGUACCAAUAUAUUUCCACGUGAAACAACAACAUUUUCAUGGAUCCCACAGACACAAGAAACAAAUAAUAUCAACAAACAUCCAUUAACCUAUCUUUCCGCCAUUACCUGGAACAUGGAUAGUGGCAGGAACAGGCAUUUUCUUCUUCCGGAAUCGCCAUCGCCUGUAACAACAGAACAUCUCGGUGAUAGUGGAAGUGAACGAAGCAGUGACGACCAAGAAGAAGGCAUUUCUCUAGCUUUGAACAAUCGUCCUCGAGGGUCCAUCAUGUCGUUGGAGGGCUGUAUGGAUACGAAUGGUGCUGAUGGUCCAACGUUAACGGAUGGGGUCGCAUCGUCAACAGGAGUGGAGUCUCAAGACGAACCGUAUUUCAAAGAGUUAGCCUCUCCUCCUGAAGCCGCAACUCCAGAAGCAGUGGUCGAACAAAAGCAAGGGAAAGAGCCAGUAGAUAGCUCGGCCGCGGAUCUACCAUCAGAGGAGACUUCCUCGGCUGAUCCGCCUACCACAACUGCAUUUGAGAAUGGCCACGUGGAAGGAAGCGAAACCCGUGGGAAAGACUCGGAAGAUGACACGAGGGAAGCAGUAGUAUUAUCAAACUCAACAACAACAACUGAGGAGGAUACGGGUUCUGCUAGCCCCGCCGAAGGAGCCGAUCCAGAAGGCGUGUCAGAGGACGAGCCUGAGCCUCUGAAAGAACAAGCAGCCACUACCGAAACAAUCGACGCUCCCCCCUCGGUCAACAACGGGAACCACCACACUGAAGCUGACGAUUCGCAGGUUGUAGAAUCUACAGACACAGUCAAGAGUACAGAUCCUCCAACAGCUAACAACAGCCCAGGCGAGGAAUUUGCUGCAAAUGUAGAGCAGGAGGCUGAAUCUACGAUUCCACCUCCUCCUCCCGACAUUGACCCAUCAGAAACAGUCAAUGGCAGCGGGCAGUCAGUGGAACUGGCAGUGGAUGAACCUACAAUAGAUGAAGCCAGCGAGAAUGGUCUAAAAGAAGCUGUCGAUGCUCCCGCGAAGGGACCUGUUGAUCCCGUGCCGGAGGCCCCUCCGAGCCCUCCAAUCAGACCGGUUGAUGCCAGCCCUGAAGUAACGUUGCGUAAGGUAGCGUCGGAAGCAGCGUCUGAGGACUUUGACGAAAAGAAGGACACGUCACCAUCCGAGAACGCAUUUGACAAAACGAAUCUCUUGAAGCCAACCGAACAAGAAGAAGAAAAGGUUCUAGUUGUUGAGACGGUAUCGACUCCUACAAACGAGCAGGAAUAUCAAGAAAUCACCCCGACUGCAAGCAACAAUAAUGACGGUUGGGAAAGUGUGGGGACUGAAGCCACUGCGACCGAAGAAGCAGCUUGCAAAAGGCCGAUGGACGCUAGUGGCAGAUGUUCUGUGGAUCUGCAAUCGAAACACGAUGCUGCAAAAAUUGAAGAUCCUCCUGAUCACGACAACGCUGCAAAACCGCCCACCCUGGCUGAAAUCAAAGAAGCACUGGGCGAAGAAUCAAGCUCCAGUGCUGCACCAGCUCUCGAGCCGAUGGAGACAAAGCAUAUCGAUGUUGCGUUCGAAGCCUUACCAACGCCCUUGGCUUCGUCCUCAAGGAGACAGAGUGAGGCGGCAAACAAGCUUGCUGCAGAUAUCGCCUCUGACCAGCAGCAAGGAUUGUCACCGGAUCUCCUUGCCAACAAGGACAAGGAAGGGUUCGGACUUUUGGCAAGGGGCGAGUCGUUCAAAAGUCAGGGGUUGCGCAAACAGCAACAGCAACAACAACAAACACAGCCAAUACUGCAACAAAACGUUAUUGAUUACACAAUCAACAGCAGUCAACAUCGAGUUCCACAAGAGCCAGAUGCCGUUCAUCGAAGGAAUGAUAGCGCCGUAGCUUCGCUAUCGAGAAGCAACUCAGGCCGUGGCGCAAUGUUAAACAACGACGGUCACCAUCUGGUCUCGCUAGACGACAAUUCUGGUCGACCCAUGGAAGAUAAUUCCUGGAGGCCGUCUCAUGUAAACGUGUCAUAUCCUCACAGCCCCCAAGGACUGCCCCCUCCUCUGGCCAUGGCACCUGCUGGAUCAUACAUGGUGAUGUCUCAGCAUCAGCAAAUUCAACCGCCUCAUGCUUUCAUGCCACCGCCUCCGGCCCCCGCUAUGAUGCAUCCCCAGGUAUCAGCACCUGCCAUGAUGCAUCCCCAAACGUCGUACCAUCAACAACAAUUGCAUCAACAGCAAUUGCUAGGUAGACCAACUUUUGGAUACCCUGGUGGAGUUACAGCUAUUCCGCCAAUGCCAACACCGCCAGCUCCAAGCGCACCCGCUGGAAAGCGGAAAAUUAAACUCAAACUCCAAGAAGAAAUAUUGGCGAGACCGACGGGACAUGCUCGAAGAGGCAGCUUCUUCUUUGCGCGCUCCACCAGGAAACUGAUGUCAUCGGCGCCAUUACUGGAGGGUGAAAUACACAGAAAUGAAUUGAAUCGAGGCACUAUAACGGUGUCCUGGUACGAAGGAACAUCCACAAACGAGCUCCAGGAGCAUGUUAAUCGUAGUAUGACGAGGAAACUCAAGCUGGAACCUGGUCACACACUGGAGGAUAUACGGAUUCUUGAUACGGCUAUGGAUCCACCAGAAGAGAUCGUCCUGAGUCCAUACAUUCCCAGCGGGUCGGAGUUUGUCGUGAGAUACAAGGUGCAGCAAGAAAGUGGUCGGAAAACUCCACCGAAAUUCUAUGGACCUCCUGAUUCACCUUCGGCGGCUCCAAGCCCGUUUCCGUCGAGUGGUAAUCUGGGGUCACUCGACACAUCUCAAUUGGCUCUCCUUCGAAAGCAACUUGACGCAGUGCAAGACGGUGAAUCGCGAAAGAAUGGAAAACACUAUCGAAGCAGACUUGCUCGCAACCAGGUCUCUCCUUUGAAGCUCGAUGCCAAGGAUGGCUCUCACAAAAGGGGCGAGACUUCUCCCAAGGAGAACAGGAGUGCUCAUGAAUCCGACGGCAGUGACAAUGACAACGACAACGAAAGCGAGACCAACACGCUGCAGCCUGAGAGCUCAGUAGACGCCAAAUUGCGACAGAUUACAGAGCUCCUGUUAUUGGACAAACAGCGCGACCAACGGUACCGGUAUCCACAAGUGGAGAAGAAACAAGUGGUCUUUGUUUUAGCCAAUUACUUUGUCCUCUUUGUUGCCUUGAUCACAAUCUCUGCAGAAAUCCAAGCAAGGGCACCCCAGUGGCUCUCGUGGGUAGAAAGUCAGCUUGAGAACGUUCACAAUUGCUCUGCAGACCAGGAAGCCUUGUACAAGUGCAUUUCCAACGGAGAAUUCGCUGGACUUUUUGCAACUCUAAUCCUGUGGUUGAGUCGAUCUGCGACAACAAAGCGACUUUUCUUGUUUGGAUUUGAUUCACCACAAAAGCUUUGGACAGUCUUCUACGAAUCAUUGGUUGGUGCCUUUUGUUGGGGCGUCAGCUAUAUGCUCAUUCGUCGCGGAAUGAACCCUGACACGAGACCGCAGUUUCUUCAAAAAUACUGGAAGGAUGCCGUCUACGGGAGUCUUGCUGGCUUCAAUGCCACUUUCAUGAAGCAGGUUCUGAAGAACUUGAUCCCCCAAGAAGCCGUGGAAGAGGCAUUCAACGACCGACAGCUGAAAAUCCUGAGUUGGUUGCCAAACUUUGCAUGAGAAUGCGAAAGAGGUCUGGCAAUUCACAAGUGAGAACAGAAUGAUAGAAAUAUCAAGAGCAGCGAGACGAUAGCACACGUAGUUUUACCGUGCUGCUCUUGGUUAACCAAUAGAAUCAUUGCUACAUUUUACUUUGCAAGUGCUAUUUGACGCAUUAGGGAACCCUGAUAGCAUGCUUGCCCUGA